AUAAGCAGUCAAAAUGAAGGGGCAAAGUAGCAUUAUUCUAAAUUUAUAUGUCAAGUAAAAGAUCGGAUCUAUUUUUUUAUGCCUCAAUUUUAAUACCUAGCUCCCACACCUAAGGUUGCUGUCAUUUAUGCUCAUAAUACAAUAUUGGAAAGUGAUUUAUGCCACACAAUAAUACUUUCUUCUACAUUCCCCAUUGCUUUCUCAAGGUGUCCUUAAGCAUCACGUAUUCUUUUCCAUUGAUGCGAUAAGAGUCUACUUUACGCUAGAAUUCCAUUCCCAAUUAUUCAUGCAACUACUUUCCAGAGACUUUUUUUAAUGAGGAAAAUCAUCAUCGUCAUCUUCUUCUUCCAUGAAUAUCAAUGAACACAUCAAGUUAUUUUGUUCCCUAAACAGCGAUAUCGAGAGGCUAAACACAUCACUAGCUGGAGAUUCCAUAUCCCUCAAAUGGUGCUCUGAAGCCAUUAAUCUCCUGAGGAAGAUGCACUCUCAUUUUCUUCUGUUUUUUGAGAAAUUUCACAUAUCCGUUUUGUGGGAUGGUACAGAUAUCUUGGACGAGUACAUGAAACAGACAUUAGAUCUCCUUGAUUUAUGCAACUCUCUAAAAUCAGCCAUUUCUGGGAUGCAAAGAUACAGGCUAAUGGUUGAAUUUGCUGCAGGAAAGUUGCGUAAUGGUGGGAAUAUUUCAGAUGCAACUACCAAGAUCACUGAGAUUGAGAGAUUGGUAAGUGAGAGUCAGAAGAUUUAUGGAGUUGAGAAGUGGAGAGAUACGAAUUUGUUCAAGACUGACAUGCUUAAAACUAAGAGCAAAGACAGCACUAUCUGUUUUAUCUAUGCCAUUACAAGCAGCAUGAGAUUGGUAGGCAUGCUGGUUUUUUCUGCACUGCUCUAUCCAAUUUCAAUUACAAUGGAUAAGGAAGUUUACUGGGUGUCUCCUCAGCUAAAAUCAUUCUCAGUUUCAAUUGGGAAGCUUGUUGGUUGCUUCUUGAAGGUACUUGAGGGGGUCAAGGACAAAUCAAGGCCAAUUUUGGUUGAGAAUAAGGUUAUAGAGAAGACAGUUUUGGAUAUUAAAGCUCAGGUUUUGAAAGGAAAAGCUGUGGAUCAAGAGAAGCUUAUCAAUUUGCUGAAGCAAAGCUCUCUGGUUCUCAAAGAAGGCAUGGAGAUGUUUGAAUCUGUAGUGGAUGAGCUGUUUGAAGAGGUUGUCAAGGGAAGGAAUGAGGUGCUGGCUAUGGUUGAUGUUAAUUAGUGAGAUUAGAUCUGCUGGUGUAUUUUGAUAAAUCAAUGAAUAAGAGGAGUUUAUGAAAUAUUGUA